AUGCAUACAUUUAAAGGUCAUUGGUUAGCUAUAGUUGGAUUAUUUCUUAUAACGUUCGAGUUGCAAUCAUUGCAGUGUCUACCAAUUACCCCUGACACACGACAUCCGCAGUCAGCAGCUCAAACGCUACCACCGAUCCUACAAUCCAUCGAUUCCAAAGCGAAACUGGAUGGCUUCAACCGUGCGCUACACGAACGGCUACAGCACACCCGGGCCAAUCUACGACCCUUGCAAGCUCGUGCCACCCAACUGCAGCACCGUUUUGAUGCGUUCCAACGCUUACCUGCUCGCCGAAUUUCGCCGAAUUCGGCUGCCACGCGCACUGCACGCAACGAGGUGGUGCAGGAAGCACAACGGCUUCGGACAGCCGUCGAGCGUAAGUUACAGGGCUUCGACGCCCUAGAUCAGCACUAUCGAAGCAUGCGAACGUUGCUCCAAUCGAAACGCAAGAAUGCGGGUCUGCCCCGUGCCUGGUUCGACCGGGACACCGAGCGUCAGAUGGAGCUAAAUGAGCGCAUCUACAAGAACAUCAUCGACCUGCUGGUACACCUGAUCGAGUGUCCGGUGAACAUCAUACACGACGUAAUGGGGCCCCCACCCCAACCGUCCACACCCGUGCCAGAGACGGACGAUGGUGGGCAGAAUGGAGAAGACGGAGAAACUGAAGGAAACACACUUUACGAUGAGCGCGAACCAAUCGAACUGAAUGCAGAUGUCAGUGGCGUACCGUGGCUGGAGGAGUUUCAUUACUAACCCAUCGCCCGUACACGAACAAGAAGA